UUCACACGGUCCGAGCACGACGUACACCGCAGCGGCCACACGCGUCUCAGUCGCCGUUAAAUAUACCUAAGUUGUCACCGCGCGAACACAUUUUAUUACAAUAUAUUAAUAAUUAAUAAACGUCAUAUACUACAAGCGUGGCGUUUCGGCGAUUCGCAUUUGUUUGUUUUCGUUUUUCCGUCCGUUUUUCGAUUGCGUCUCCGAAGAUACCGAACGAGAUACUCACCCGCGUCGGAGGAGCAACGACUACACGAAUGUUCCAAGUCGUGCACGCCAGACCACUAUUAAAACCGGGUUCACUUUUUUAAAUUGCCCUUAAACGAAGUUUAUUUAAUAUAAUAAUAUUAGAUCCUAUAAUUCAGUCCGUCGUCGCCGCUUCAAUUGUAGACAAUCAACAGAAAUUAACUGUCCCUCCGCCACCACCGCCACCACCGCUCACAGUCCGCCGCCGCCGUAUCUCAUCAUCGCGACACGCGCGUGUGCGUGUGUACGCAAACCAAACGUGAUAACCACAAUUAUAAACAACGUAUACGUCGAACUCAAUUACAAUAACCACCAAAGGGUUUUUACUUGACAUCAUGGACGAGGGUGCGUUUGACGAGUCGAUGAUGUUCAACGAAUACCAUCAUCAGACGAAGCCGGGGUCGCCGUCCGGACACCACCAGCACCAGCCGCUGUUGGCAUUUCAGCAGCCUGGUGAUAUGAUGGGAUAUACACUGCCCGUACCUGACCACAUGGACUUGCAGCAUCAUCAUCACCACCAUCACCACCAACUCCAGGAUAUGGAUAUGCACCGACACCACCACAGCGUUCAGGACCAAAUGCAGCAACAGCAGCAGCAACAGGACAGACAGGUACAGAUUGGCGAUCCGCAAGACUUGUUUCAGAUGCCAGUCACAUCCACCGUUCAAGUGCAGCCGACCGACAUUGUUGUGAACACCAACGGACAGAAGCAUCCCAUCAAAUUGGAAAUGGAUUCGAACUCAUUGCCAUCCACCGGUCAACAGUCUUCAGGGUUACCCGCUGAACAACCAGUGCCAAAGAAAUCAAGUUCUAAAUCGAAAAAUACCGAUAACAACGGUACAAAGAAGAAAAAGACAAGAACAACGUUCACGUCUCAUCAAUUGGAAGAGUUAGAACGAGCGUUUGAGAGAGCUCCGUAUCCAGACGUGUUCGCUAGAGAAGAAUUAGCUUUGAAUCUGAAGCUUAGCGAGUCUCGAGUUCAAGUAUGGUUUCAAAACCGGAGGGCCAAGUGGCGAAAGAGAGAGCCACCCAGGAAAACUGUUUACCUCACUAAUUCCGUUUUUCCAUCCGGCUCUCCUGGAUCUUCGGUGAGCUCAACGUCGUUCACCACACUGACAACGUUCGGCGGUAACGUGUCGCCAUCGUUGGGCACGUGUUCGCCGGUUACACUCAGCGGCUCAGAACCUUGGGGCUACGGUGCCGCGGGCUACGGAGAUCUUACGCACCUGAAUCUGCUCAAUAGCAACGGGUCAUCGCCAUUCACGCAAAACGCGUUUCACGGCAGCGGCAGCAAUAAUAAUAAUAACAACUUUGGUGGCACUCCGUACGCCGUCCAGCCACAAGACAGUCCAGGAUUAUUCUCAGCCAGUAUGCAAUGUUUGGCCCGACAGGAUAUGAUGGGCCCGCUGGAUCAGUCACCGCCUGACCGUGACUAUCACGGACAUCAGCUCAAUAAGCACGUGGUCGACUCGUACGUGAUGAGUCAGGACAUGGCUGGACUCUUGCAGCCGGACGCCGAGUGUGACAUCGUUGGAACCAUGGGAUACGAAGUCCAGGAUCACCAACAGCAUCCGCAUCAACAGCAACAGCAGCAGCAACAACAGCAGCAACAACAGCAACAGAUAGAAGAAGACGGAGAAGAGGAAACCGCGAUAAAAGUAGAGCCACCGUUCACGCCACUUCCGCCUUUCAUCAACUGACACAGGAGGUUUCAGUUUGAUACGUACGAGUAUCAAACUGAAUUCGAAUGAAUACAUUUUAUUUUAAAUCGUGUGUGUAAGUUUACGUUCUAUACGUUGUAUUUAAGUUCAGUGCUACCUUUCAGUAUACAAUCACGAUAUCAUUCUUCAAGAAUAUUUAUAGUUGAGAUAAUAUUUUAAUGAUGAAUAAUUAUUAAUAGACGAUCGUCGUGAUUUCGUACAAAUCACUAUCGUCGAAAAUUAUGUGACAAGCACGCAUUCACAGAAACGAGUUUUUAAAAAUGUUGAGAUUUUAAGAACAUAUAUAUACAUAUAUAUUUAUUAAGUCUUAAAUAAUAAUUAUUUUUAUGUAAAUAUAAGUAAUUUGAUUUAUUUAUUUAUUUUUAUUUUUAAAUUUACUUACAGACAUUUAUUAUUAAAUAGAUAGUAAAUUUAUUUAUUUUUGUGUCACUACAUAUAUACAUUUUACUUGGAACAGUAAACGUUCAGGAUUACUCUCGUCCAAAAGAAACUAAUAAUUUAUUUUGUAUAUAGAUAUGAAACUAUAAUAUAUAGCUUAUAAAAUUAUAAAUAUAAUAUUAUUAUAUUGUCUUUAAGAGAUUGUCAUGUACAACAAAAUUACAUUAUUCUUCCAUAACAAUUAAGUGUACAUAGAUAAUUAUAGAUAUAGCUCAGUGAAUAUUUUAUUAUAACAUAACAUUAUUAUUGUUUGAACUUUGAUUAUUUGAAAACUUGUGUAUUCUAGUUGUGCCUUAUUAUUUGCUUGUAUUUUGUGUAACUUAAACAAACUAUGUAUACUACUCGUAUAUAGGUACUUUUAUGUGGUCUAAUAAGUUGAUAAAUUAUAAACGAAAAUUUGUAAUUAUACCUAGUUAUCAUGUAUAUAAUAAAACAAUUUAUUUUUUUAUUUUUA